UGUAAUUGCUUUUCUUCAAGCUGUGUUCCCAUCUCUUCUCCCUACUGGUACAACCAGCACCAGUAGGGCUGUCUCAUGAUUCUCCAAGUAGAUACGGUACUGCCAUAGGACAGUACUUGGCCAGAUUUGACUUCAGAUUCUAGGAGCAUCAGUUCUCAUGGUGUUUGGUCCAAUGGUGUCCAAUCAAGCUCAAACCUCUGCUCAAGUAGAAGCCAACGACUAUGAAUAAAAUCGUUCAUGAUCCUCUGCAGGAGCUUGUCAAAUCAUUCAUAUCCUAUCAGAUGUGCAGUCCGUGUGACCCUGACCAUGGUGGCAGAGUUCCAACUAGAAAACUCUAGCUAUAUAUACCAGGGUUGGGGAGAAGAGAGGUACCAACCAAGAGGGAACUGCCAUCGGUUGCUUGACCCCAAGGAGGAAAGAACAAACAGUAGCAGAUUUUAGUGCCUCCCCAGCCUUUGUUGAUGGGCCGCAGUGCAAUUGCAAAAUCGACUGGUCUUCUCCGGGAAGUUAAGAACAGGCAAAGCUCUAACCUUACGAGCCAGGUGCAGCCAACAAAAGCAAGGUCAGCAGAGACAGCACUGUGGGUGCCACACCCAAAGACAGGGAUCUACUACCCCAGGGGCUUUGAGUGGGUCAUGGAGGAUGUCCCAAGCAGCGCAGCAACGUUCCAGCAGACAUACUGGCUCAGGAGCGGCGACGCAGACACAGCAAGCUCUCCCACGUCAACCGACGGCACAGCUGCCUUUGAUAAUCCAUUUCUGUGAAUGCAUAAGAGGCCUCACACUGGAAGAAUCACUGAUAGCAGCAGUUCUACAAGCCACCACCAUUGUUGCCAGGUCGAUACAUAAUAUGAUAAACCAGCUGCUCAGAUUUCCAGCAUGUAGGCACCGCAUCCACCGAAAGAUCAGUGUUAAACUCUGCAUUAAUCUUCGCUAUUGCAUUCUCAUUUUCACUGAUUUUACUUAAAUAAAAGCCGCACCUGAUUGUAAUAUUGGGAACAUUCUGAGCUAACAGUUUUAACUGUCAACCUUGGUGCAAAAA